UUGUGCGACAUUUAGCGGCAGUUGCCACAUUGAGCGGCAGUUGCCACAUUGAGCGGCAAUAGUGGCAAAUGUGAUAUCUAGCGGCGUUACAUCAUAUAUAACGGCGACACAACCAUCCUUUGUGAUAAUUUAAUCUUUUUAUCAUAAUUUCUAUCAGCACUACUUCUAAUCGUUUGCAUACCUUUAUAUACAUGCAUAUGGGUAUUUAUAUAGCAUACACAAGUUAACAUGUUUAAAGAUCUUUAACUUUUGUUAACCUGAGUUAGAAGUGAUAUGUUUUUAAGAAGUGUUGUUCUGUUACUGAUAUGUCAGUGUUGUGGAUAUGAUAUUUUUAACAUUGAAGACAACUGCGGUAAAUCUAUUAACAGCUUUGCGGGGGAGCUUACUAGUAAAUUUGAUUCGUCAAAAUACAACUCAAAAAUAGUUGGAGGACAAUGCCGAGUCACUGUCAAACUUGAGAGUUCGUUGUUCACAUCAAAGUCACACGUGUUGUUCUAUUUCACAAAGGUGAAUCUAUUUCCCUCCUGUAAUGCAGGCAAUAUUAGAAUUAUUGAUGGUGACAAGAAGUUAGCGAUUAAAGGAUUGCCUCGUUUUCUUUGCGGACAUCAUCAAGAACUUGAACAAUCUGACAAAUUCUUUACAACGUUAAGUGAUAGAUUGACGGUUGAAGUUAAUGCAAAUGAUAUCUCUGGAGCUAAUUACUACGGACAAUUCAACAUGAAAUACAUUAUGUUUAGUAAUGGUCCAUGCCACAGUAAACAUGUAUACAAAUGUUCAAAUGGACGCUGCAUCUCAAACAUUUACCGUUGCUCAAGUCAGAUUAAUGCUUGCUUGACAACAGAAGCAGUGUGCAAUCAAACCAGAGAUUUAAAAGUCGAUGAUAGCACCCAUGACAAAGAACCGGUGCAUUUACAAAAUGUGUAUAUGUUUGCUUCAUUAGUAACAUUCGGAUUAACCACAUUCUGCGUUUACAGGAGAAUGCAAGGGAAGUCAUGCCGGUCACAUCCAAACCCGCGACCAGACGCAACAAAUCAGGGCCGAGGCUGGGGACCAAGUAAUAUUCAAUCCAAUCCAACAUCAGAUGAACAAGUUCCCUUAUCAAACAGAAAUUUAAACGAAGUUAAUGCAAUUGACACAAUGUCUGUUAGUCUUGACAAUUCAUUUUCUACUGAGCAAGUAAUUUUUCCAAACAGAUACAUGCUAGCCAUUACGUAUCCAGAUCAUCCGCCUUUAUACGAAGAUGUCGAAGAUAAUAAUGAUAAUAAUAGAGAUAUUCUGCCAAGCUAUGGCGACGUUGUAGCUAAUCCUACAGAGUAUACUCAUGUUUCACAAAGAUGAAAAAAAACCGCCUCCGUGGUCGAGGGGUUAGAGUCGAUGACUUCUAAUCCAGUUACCUCUCUGGCGUGGGUUCGAUCCCCGGGAGAUGCUUUGGUAGUUUAGCGCGGAGGAAGGAUAUAUAUUCUGAAUACAAUGUGAAUAUUGAAUUUUAUCUGGGAAGACGGAUUGACGGUGUCAAGAGUGUUGCUUCUUAGACUGGUACUUGUCCCAUGUUUUUGUAAGCAUAGCGGACAUGCCACAGCACCUCUUCUAGUUUCCACGAACGGUAUUUGAAUGAAAUGUUAACCAAGUAAUUGUUAUUGCCAUUAUUUUAUCAAUUUUGUUAAUUAAUAUAAGUAUCCAAAUGAUUCAGUUAUAAUUGGUGCAAUCUUGAAUACAUUUUAGAGCAAUUUGUCUGCAUUUCCUAAUAUUAAUUGCACGCAAAAUAUAAAUUACAAUACAUAGUAAAAUUUGGCAAAAAGA